AGUCUGACCUCAUCCACGCCAACUGGCAUCGUGGGAGGUGUAGUCCUGAACUCUUUGGACAUAAUUCACUGAGGUUAUCAAGGUCCACCGCUGAACGUGCAUUACGUUGUGUGCUCUGUGUCAUAGACCUCUGUUCCUAAGCAGUACACUGUAAUGUAGGAUGCAGGGAGCCAUUCUGGGGUUAACUGACACAGUGCAGAUAGAACAGGUCAUGUAUGUCACGGUGGGGUCACAAAUAAUUCCGUCCAGGUAAAAAUAGGUUAUCGGGUCAUGACGAGGUCACCGAUAGCACAGUACGGAUUGCACAGGUCAACGGAUCAUGCUGAGGUCACUCAUAGGACAGGCUAAAUCAACAGGUCACAGAGGGAAUCCUGACCAUCGCCCUCCAGCAACAGGACUGCUGGGUAAUUGGAGCGCAGUCCAUUGCCUCGGGGGUGUUUGUAAACACCGUUCCCUAUGUUAAGAAUUACAUGAAGAUGACUGAAGAGGAUUGGACUGACAGUAACAGGAGCAGAGCAGAAAUUACAUCCCCCCACUACCCAGUUCACAUGGGAUUAUAUCUCUGCAAUUGAAACUUGGCAGAGAUUCCCAUCCCCCCCCCAGAAAAAAAUGGCAUUAGCUAGCAAUCCCUCUUUAUGCCCGGGUGGGAACUGCUGUCAGACUUUAAACCCGGAGAGGCAGACAAGCAGAUAAACAGCCCGGGAAAGACGAGAGGAGCCAGGUCAAAGUGUGAGGUCCGUAGAGAGAGGAGGAUGUAAAGAAGGGAGGACACAGGGAAUAGAACUGGUCUACAUGUUGACAGGAUGAAAAAUCAGCUGCCAGCUCAUCCGUCUAACAAGGCUCAGUAUGACGAGGCCCUGCCACCCAUUGUUGGAGUCGGGGUGUUGGAGCUGUUGGAGCCCAAACUUCCUAAGAGCUGCCUGGGAACCUACUGUGGCUUCCUGGUCCGGAACUCGCUGCUGGCCCUCACCAUUCUGGGCGUGGUGGCGGGCUCGCUGUUUGGAAUGCUACUGCGCUACGUCUCGGUGACUGAUCCCGACACCCUGAUGCUGGUGUCCUUUCCCGGGGACAUCCUCAUGAGAAUGCUGAAGAUGCUCAUAUUGCCCCUCAUCAUCUCCAGCCUCAUCACCGGUCUGGCCGGUCUGGAUGCUCGUUCCAGUGGGAGAAUGGGGUCCAGGGCCAUGAUCUACUACAUGUCCACCACAGUGAUCGCUGCCGUCCUGGGGGUCAUCCUGGUCCUGGGGAUCCAUCCGGGGAAUCCCAAACUCAGGAACAGUGGGCAGGACCAGAGCACGGCCACAAAGAACCAGGAGGUCAGCAGUCUGGAUGCCUUCAUGGACCUCAUCAGGAACCUGUUUCCCGAAAAUCUUGUGCAGGCCUGCUUUCAACAGGUUCAAACAGUGGCAAAGACAGUCUCAGCAACGCCCCCGAACCAGACAGAACCUGUCGUUGUCAACGUGAAGAAGUUAGAGUUCAAAGGGGGCAUGAAUGUUCUUGGUUUGAUUGGGUUCUUCAUCACAUUUGGAAUAUGCAUGGGGAAGAUGGGAGAGAAGGGGAGGCUCAUGUCAGAGUUUUUCAACAUCCUCAAUGAGAUCAUCAUGAAGAUGGUGGGCAUUAUCAUGUGGUACUCCCCAAUCGGCAUCGCCUCUCUGAUCUCGGGGAAAAUAGCGGCCAUUGGGGACCUGGAGGUGGUGGCCAGACAGCUGGGCAUGUACAUGGUGACCGUCAUGGUGGGCCUGGUGAUUCACGGCGGCAUCAUCCUGCCACUCAUCUACUUCAUGAUCACCAGGAAGAACCCUUUCACAUUCUACUCUGGGAUCUUCCAGGCCUGGAUCACAGCCCUGGGCACAGCCAGCAGUGCGGGGACAUUACCAGUCACAUUUCGCUGUCUGGAGGAGAAUUUGAAGAUCGAUAGGCGUGUGACGCGUUUCGUGCUUCCUAUCGGAGCUACCAUCAACAUGGACGGCACAGCCCUUUACGAGGCGGUGGCAGCCAUCUUUAUUGCUCAGAUGAAUGACAUCAGUCUAGAUUCAGGACAGAUUGUAACCGUCAGUAUGACAGCCACUCUGGCCAGCGUCGGGGCAGCAAGUAUUCCCAGCGCAGGCCUGGUCACAAUGCUACUGAUCCUCACCGCUGUGGGCCUGCCCACCCAGGACAUCAGCCUGCUCAUCGCUGUCGACUGGCUGCUGGACAGAAUGCGUACCUCCAUCAAUGUGGUGGGAGACUCGUUUGGUGCCGGGAUCGUUGACCACCUGUCCAGGGCGGAGCUGGCCGAGAUCGACGCCGAGCUAAUUCCCCCCGACGACGAGGAGUUCAUCCCCCCGCCCCCCAUCCUCACAGAGAUGGACUUGGUCGACCCCAUGAGACCUCCACAGCUCCCCCCGCGCUCCCCGCGCCCGUCUAAACUCAACCACCACGGCCACUCCAACCUGUCCCAGAUCCACUCCAUCUCCAACUCUCCCCGCUCCGUCCGCUCGCCGUCCCCGCGCUCAGUCCGCUCCCCCUCCCCGCGCUCAGUGUGCUCCCGCUCCCACUCCCCGCGGCCCUCCACCUUCCGCUCCCACUCCCCGCGCCUCCUCCGCAGAGGGGAGCCCGGCUACACCGCCCUCCCCAGCCAUGACAACCAGAUGCCCACACUUCACCGCUCCCAGAAAGAGAGAGACAGAGAACUCCGGGACAGAGACAGAAGGGACAGAGAGAGCGACAGAGAGCGGGAGCGUUUGCGCGGUCGAGAGAGCAACCGCUAUCAGAGUGAGACCGAGGAGGAAGAGGAGAGGGAUAGGGUCAUGGAUGAAGGGAGCGACGGAGAAGAGAGUGACGACACUGCUUACGACCGCCGGAAUGCCAUCCCGCCCUGCGAUCUUCCCUGAGUGAGAGGCCUCUAUGCUUCUGUUUCGCUACAGGUUUACACUUCCCCGGUUCACUGCCCUUUACCAAAUCAACCAACCGUGUGUGUUCUGGCAGGUUUGGUGGAUCCCAAAGGUGUUUAGAGUUUUCUGGUUAAUAUGUUUUGGAUCCUGUUUGACAAGAUCGGGGAUCAAAAAGCUAGCUUGGAGAGAUGACAAUAUUUACGUUGCUAUGGCCUCAUUUGUGUUGCCAUGGCGACACUGUUGAAUGACCUUUGAAGUUGAAUCCAUGCCCUUACUUCUGCACUUCAGUGUGCCGCAGAGGAAAGCUGAAACGUAGCGGCCUGUCCUCCGUCAACCCAACACCGUUCUCCGAUAAUCCUUGUCCUGUUCUUAUCAUUUUAACUAGCCAGUGACUCGGUCUUCCUCUCUUCCCUUUCCUGUGGCAGACACAUGCUGCAUUGACAAUCUGGUGUUGAGGCUUGUCAUUUCUUGGUAAGCAUGAAUUAAUGCACAAUUUUAAAUGUUAUCUUCUCAUCUAAAUAAUUGUUUCUAGAACACUUACCGCGUCCUUGAAUACAGGAUGUUUUAAAAUAGAACUCAUACUACUUCUGUGAUUUAAUAUGUCCCAUAAACCCUUGUACAGCAGCUCUGUGUAACUAAAGGGAAAAAAACAAACACAGUAUGCAAGCAUUAUUUUUAUACUGUUCUACCUCUCCUCUCCAUGUCCUCUCCUCUACAGAACAUCAUUCCCUGGCACGUGACAUUAGAAUUGUUAUUACUGAGAAUUGAUGUAUGUUUUGUUAUUUUGUAGUUGUUGUACGAUGUAUGAGAUGAUGGUUGUUAGUUGUUUAUUUGGCUCAGCACGACGGUCUGUCGGUCAGUUAUCAUUUAGGUCUGCAUAUUAAUUUACUUGUUUCUUUACACUUGUCCUUGUAUUAUUUAUGUAUUUUUUUUUAUUGUAAGAGAUACUCUCAUUGGUUCCCUCAUACUGAUUUGGUGUCCUGUCCCUGCAAAAGACCUUUCAUUCAAAGUUCAUUAUUGCCUCCCCAAACCCUUCAAUCUUUACACAGAUUUGCAGAUACAGGUUGUGUGAAUAUUAUAUGUAAUAAAUUCUUAGAGAUUUAUUUCAAUUACAA